AUGACCUCUAUAAACCAUCCUAAUAACUUGUGCCUUGUCACCCUUCACUUUCCUUCCUCCACCUCUUGCCACUGCCCUGACCAUGUGCCGCCUAGGGAGCUUGACCAGAAAUUUGAUGAAAAUAAAAAGUGCGAAAUUACCUCAAAUAACAACCCUACUAACAUCCUUAAUAACCUCUGCACUGGCCUCGAAACUUUCCUCGGCUUCAACUCUGCUUCCAAAGGCUACACUGGCCAGGGGAUUGUGUACUCCGACCUGGACAGGCUGUGUGACGGGGUGAUGGCGUUUUUGCACGGGGUGUUGGAGAGUGUUAAAGAUGAUACGAAUGUUAAGACGUAUUAUUCUGUAGAUAAAAUGACUGAAACACUUAACACUAUUAAAGACAGUAUGCACAAAACUGGCGGAUUGUCUGCGGCCGUUACGGCUGUGAGCACGGCGCUGGGGGAGUGGGACAGGGAGGUGACUGAGAAAACAAACGCACUUAAAAAUGGACUUAAUGAACUGAAAAAUAAUAAUUUUAGCAGUAUGCAAAAUGCACUUGAUAACCUUAAUGCAUUGUCACAUAGUGAUCAGCUUAGCAGUGUUGCUGAUAAAUUACAUACGUGUAUCGACCAGGCCACAUUUCUAUCAGGGGCGUAUGAUGCCGCGGAGAAAGAGUACGAUAAGCUGGAUCCGACGCUUAGAGAUAAGAUGAAAGAUGCAUUAAAUAAAAUUAAGUUGCAGGUAGAGCAUUUUCAUGGAGCGGCGGCGAACACGGAGUUGAAGGGACUUCUUGAGGAGGGAGAAAAGCAGCUUAACGUUAUAGAAAACGCAAUAAGAAAUGAAGUAGAAGGUAGGGUCGGGCAGUAUAAACUUCUUUUGAAACACGAGUUUGAUGAGAAGAUUAAGAGUAAGAUUCACGACAUUAAUGAAGCUCUGAAAACGCACAUUGCAAAUCUGUUCGGCUGGAUCGAGAAGGCGGGACCGUUAGUGUGGCGAUCAUUACAGCUCGUUGAAGUAAUCGUGAAAGAGGUCAAUAACAGUACAGAGAGGAGUCAAUUUCCGAUGAAGAUUCGGAAAGCGGCUCAAGGGCUAUAUGAAGAUGCCGUAACGUUGCGUAGGGCAAUGAAGACUGCAUAUGAUAAUAUUAGCAACAAAGUUAAUAUAGCGAUUAGCCAGCUCGGCACUUUGGAAAAUGGAGUAAAGAGCGAUUUAGCAUCGCUUAGGGAUGCUAUUAAGAAUACCGUUGGAUCGUAUGCUAAAGAAACAUUGGCUAAGAAAAUUGGUGAUGGACUCACCCCCAUCGCUAAUGAAAUAUAUCAGAAGAUGAAUGGGACUGGUUGUCUGAAUAAGAUCGUCAGUGGAAUUAACGACUACGCUACAAAGUUCAAACAAGAUAAGUCGUUUGGUGGCAUAGUACAGAAAUGGAUUGAGGAUAUCAUGGAUGAAGAUGUUUCAGUAAAAGGCUUCCUGGAUGGUUAUUUCAAGCAACCGUCUACGUAUAAGGCCCCUUAUAAUAAGUGGGUCAGUAAAGGUGAACAUAAUGCCGAAAUUACUGCAAAGCUAGCUGGCUUAAUAAAAAAUGAGCUGUCAACCGAAAUACAGCAAUCCGCCAGUAUAGCCGUUUCGGACUCACAGAGCGGUGCUGGGAAGACGGAGAUCGAACAACAUGUCGCUGCCGUAACGGCUGCCUGUAUGCUUUUUGCAUCACAGCUGGAGGGAAGAUUGAAGGCGAUGAAUUAA